AUGAGUUCAGCGUUUCGUGGUGGCGAAACUGAUGAGGUCGGCAGUAUCCUGGUUCAUGGUGGCGCACGACACGGACGUUCUGACGCUCUGGAGGCCGUAGCUUCCGACGAAUGUGUGCCAGCUAUCGAGACGCUUACAGCAACCACACCCGGCUUACCGCUAGCGAUUCCGCGUCGAAGGUUGCGCAAACGUCACCGCAUCCAAGAGACACAAACCCCUGAACCAAUCCCUGCACUCACUCGCGUACGCACGCGAGCACCAAAGCGACAUCAGGCACCGAGCGACGCUGGGUUCUAUGUCCAGGCGCGACCACUGCGCUUCAAGGUGUCGCGAAGGUACCUUUUGCAUCUUGCGAAACACGCCGGUCCCGAGCGUAUCUGGAACAUUCUGGUUGCGGGUCACUACCAUCAUGGAAAAACAAGCCUCAUCGACUUGUUGGUAAGUCACCAGCUGCAUCCGGCUGCAGCAACCCGUUACAUGAUAGGCCCGCGGCGACACCAGCAACAACCGCGCUGGACGGAUACGCGUCGGGACGAACUCUCCCGAGGAAUGUCGCUUCAGCUUGCUUUCAUGCCGCUCUGGGUACCAGACGAGCACGGUGUAUCUCAACUGGUGACGCUGAUGGAUGCUCCCGGACAUGCAGACUUCUUCGAUCAGGUUGUGGUGGGUGCAACGCUCGCAGAUGCAGUGCUUCUGGUGGUCGACAGUGCCGAAGGCGUCCUGCUAGGUACAGAGCGAGUCGUCGCCUUGGCGCUGGAGAUGUCGCUUCCGCUGAUCCUGGUGUUGACGCAGCUCGACCGCUUGAUACUUGAGUUGCGGUAUCCGCCUGAUGCCGUGUACCUUAAGUUGAAAGGCAUCAUCGAUGCGCUCAACAGCCUUAUUGAACGUUUGCAGCCUCAGAAGGUCCCGUACUUUGACCCAAGGCCACCACAUGCCAAUGUCCUAUUCACGUCUGCAAAGCUGAACAUAGCGUUCAGCCUCAUGGACAUUGUCGAGAAGUGGUAUGGUUCGGCUUUGGAGGUGCAGCGUGAACGUUCGUGGACCGGUGGCGUUCAGGGCGCGCUCCGGAAGCGCCGAGCGAGGAAACGAACACUCGCUGCCUCGCUCUGGGGCGACCGGGUCUACGACAAGCCCACCGGCUUGUUUCUACGCAAAGCCGCUGUCGCCUGGACGCUGGGCACGGCAAAGCGAUCAUUUGUUGAGUUUGUUCUGGAGCCUCUCUACAAGACGAUUGCACUAUGUGCGACCCAUGAGUCUGGGAGCGGAUCGCUGGAGCAGCUGCUGGUCAAUGUGCAAGCUCUGGGAACUCCGCGUGCUUUCGAGCCUCAAGCAGCAUCGAGUCAGCGAGAGGCGCCUACGGAUCUGGAGAUGCUCCAGCAGGCGGCAGACUCAGGCCCAUGGGCUCUUCUCCGUGUUGUCUUCGACAUGGUACUGGGCUCGCCAACAGCGUUGUUUGGAACGCUGACCCGUCGUCGUCGCCACUCGAAAUGGUUCCCGGAGCACUGCGCUGAGACGGAGACCACUGUGCUGGUAGCGACACACUGGCGUUCGCUGGACGGCACCGAUACCGUUGCUGUGGGCCGUGUUUGCGGUGCACGACCGCUACGCGCUGAUCAGCUGUUUGCAGUUCAACCGGGCGCUGACCGAUGCAAGCCGUCGUCGGUAACAACAACAACAACAACAACAAUGAUCACGCAAUUGCAGGUGGCUUUCGGACGCGUCUGGUACGACGUUGAGCAAGUCGCCGCCGGCGGUUUAGUGCUUCUGCCCAGGGUUUAUCCGCCAUCACGCGGAACCUACUGCUUUGGCCUCCGUUGUUCCGAUGGACCGUACUCCAAGACGCUGGACGCGUGCGUUUAUCGCUUGCACAGAGCGCUGGGCUAUCACGCAAUGCCUAUCUACGGUAUAGCGCUUGCACCGUGUUUGCCGGAGGUGCACAGAACUGCAGAGAGCUUGACGGCAGAUUUGGUUGCGCAGUACAGCACCAGCACAGCGAGCGCUGAGCAGCUUCGCCAAGCUUUGGCAAUUAUUGUUCGAACACAUCCCGCCACAGGAUUUGAUGGUAACGGUAGCGUUCAUGGUGAUGCAGCACACGGUUUUCGAACAGCUUCAACUGCUGGUGUUGUUUACGGCCCAGGGGAACUCUAUCUGGAUGUUAUACUUCAUGAGCUUCGUCGAUAUUUGGUGCAACGGCAUUUGAGUCUGGUAUGGCGUUGCCUGCGUACAAAUCCGGUACCCUUUGUGGAUGCGUUACGGGAAACGAUCCAAGCCGGUGCAGCAAAAGUGCAAGUAGGCUUGCGAGGCCGUGAUGGACGCACGCGGAGCGACCAGACUGCGUUGUGGUCGUCGCCAAAGUCAUUCUUGGUUUCGGAAGACGAAUUCUUCUCUCCCGAGCCCAACGAAUGGAGCGACAACGAGGACGCGGCAUUUCAUCAGCCGCGAGUCGUGCUUUACGUGGAACCGGUGCACGCUUCGCGCCGGGCUCCAGCUCAGCAGGCAGGAGAGCCGAACGCGGGGCCUCACCCGGUAGUUGUGCAUGCCCUGCAUCCACUGCCGAAUAGCGUUCGUUUUGAGCGACGGAGUCUACCUGCUGAGGCCGCUGUGCAGCCAGAAGCGCUCGAAGUGGAAUUUGCAGCCGAUCUGGAUGGGACAACAGCGCCGUCUGGGCUGCCGGUGACACUCCAGGCCCUCUGGGAAGGUCUUCGGUUGGCGAGUCGGCGGGGUCCGCUUCUUCAAGGUCCUGUCGUUGGGGUUCGUUACCACGUGCGUGCUCUCGAGUGCAUUUGCGGGAGCUCUGCCUGGGAAGCACCACCUCCAUGUUGGUCCGCUUGGCAUCGGAUGCGAACUCGCCUGGUGCUCCUAGCUCGACAGGCAGCGCAUAGGGCGCUUCUUGAUGCCAAGAUGCAGAUUCUAGAGCCUUGCUUCCGUUUGCAAGCCGUGGUGCGCGCCGAAAAAGCCGAGCUCAUUUGCCGUCGCUUGCGCAAGGCUUCUGAACUUGUCGAAAUCCGGCAGCAGUGGCCCAUUCCAGGCACCUGUUUCGUGAUCGUUGACAGUGAUGUUCCGGCGCGGGUGCUUGUUCCCGGCCUCGAAGUGAUGUUGCGAUUUCAGAGCCACGGGCAGGCAAGUGUGCAAGCAACUGUCGAUCCAGCUGUCAUGCCGACGUGCAGUGCCCGCUGGAUUCCAGUUCCAGGUGAUGCGGACAGUGUGGAAUGCCCACCUCUAGAGGCAGUUGUUGCCUCGGACGACAGCACCGUAACCGAAAACACCCUUGCACCCUGGCUGGUGCGCAUCGUACGAAUGCGACGGGGACUCGGGACCGACCUCUGA